UCAUUCCGAACUUCCAGCAUCUCCGGAUUGGGCGAUGUAGGACCCGCGGGCUUUAAACCCCGUUUUAUUUACACAGAAGCACCUGGCGCCCUGCAUAUUGAGUCUCGCAGUUACCACACCUCAACGCCAACCAGUCACAGCCGAGUGAUUACGGUCGGCGGCAGGUCCAAUUCCAUCCUCGAGGUAGUCGAUCUACGCGGCAUGUCCCAUCUGCCGUCCCUCGAGUUCAAUCGGGUCACCUGCGACGAAGUCACUUAUCUGCUGGAUGCAAACGCUAGACAGCCCUUUGAAGCAGUGCCAGCUGACCGCAUGAAAUUGUCGUAA